GCCGCUCCCCCGCCGCUCCCGCAGCUCCUCCCGCCGCUCCCCCCGCGCUCCCGCAGCUCCGCAGUCCGGCGCAGCCCCGGCCGGAGAAAAUGGCGGAUCGCGCCGAGAUGUUCUCGCUCUCCACCUUCCACUCGCUCUCCCCGCCCGGCUGCCGGCCCCCCCAGGACAUCAGCCUGGAGGAGUUCGAUGACGAGGACCUGUCGGAGAUCACGGACGACUGCGGCAUCGGCCUCAACUACGACUCGGACCACUACGAGAAGGACUGCCUGGUGCUGGAGCGCGGGGAGCAGCCGCACCCCGUGUGCACCUUCCAGGACGACUUCCAGGAGUUCGAGAUGAUCGACGACAACGACGACGACGACGACGACGACGAGGAAGAGGAGGAGGAGGAAGGCAACGAGCUGGAGGCGCCGCCGUCCCCCUCGGCCUCGCCCAUCCCCUCGCCCGCCCUGGAGGAGACGCAGAAGCACCGCCCCACCACCCUCAACCUGACGGCCCCGGGCACCCAGGAUUCCCUGAACAACAACGGCGGCUUCGCCGCGCCCGCGCCGCGCCCCAGCUGGCAGGACGCGCUGCUGCACUCCUCCUCCUCCUCCUCUUCCUCACACACCGGACACUCGUCCCCCCACGCCUGCAUCCUGGACGGACCCUGCCUGGAGAGCCCGCCGGGCCCCGGGGGGGCUCCCCCCUCGCUGCCGCCCUCCCCCCUGGACUCGCAAGGCAACAGCCCCGAGUCCCUGGCACAUGCAUCUCCGCUGCGCUCCGAGCUCCGCUCUCCCCGCCGCGCCCCCGCCAGCCGCCCCCGCCUCACCCCUGUCUCUCUCCAACAGGGCCCGCGGCUCCCCCCGGCGCCCCCGAGGCCGCCCCCCCCGCCCCAGGCCGCCCCCCAGGCCCCCACGCAGCCCCAGGGCGGCGGCAGCCCGGGGUCCCCCCGCCCGCAGCCGCAGCCGCAGCCGCGGCCCCCGCGGCCGGAGCGGGACGGGGCUCCCGCGGAGCCGCUCAGCUCCGACGGGGAGGGUGCCCAGUCCGGCCGGGCCGCCAGCGUGCGCGGCCACCCCUCGGGCUCCUCGGAGACCACCUCGCCCUCCUCGGACCCGGGCAUCGAGGCCGACCUCACGAGCCGCACGGCCAAGCCCUUCCUGCCCGGCGGGCGGCGCGGGGACGAGCUGAGCUCGCCCGGCUCUGACUCGGACGUGGACGGGGAGCUCGAGGCGGCUUUCGCCGGCGGGCGCCUGGUCAGCAACAUGAUCUCGUCCAUCUCGGAGACCGAGCUGGACCUCAGCAGCGACAGCAGCAGCGGCCGCUCGUCCCACCUGACCAACUCCAUCGAGGAGGCCAGCUCGCCCGGCUCCGAGGGCGAGCUGGAGCCCGAGCUGGAGGCGCCCGGCCUGCUGGGCAUCAAGGACUCGCUGCUGCUGGACAAGGGCAAGGAGGACGAGGAGGAGCCGGCCGAGAGGGGCCCGCCGGAGCGCGGCGUGGUCCGGAGGGAGAGCCUGGCCGAGCUGAAGAUGGACGCCUACUACGACAGCCUGGACCCGGCCGACGGCCCCGCGCCCGAGGGCCAGACCGACGUGUCCAGCGCCAGCCCCCUGGACCUGAAGAUCGACCCCGACCACAGCCUGGAGAGCAUCCGCCGCUCCUUCUACCUGCCCGUGGGGCCCAAGCUGAUGCCCGAGGCGGACGAAGAGGACAACAGCGAGUACGACUCCGACUCGGAGUCGGAGCCCGACCUGAGCGAGGACUCGGACUCGCCGUGGCUGCUCAGCAACCUGGUGAACAAGAUGAUCUCGGAGGGCUCGUACCCCAUCAAGUGCCCGGACGAGUGCUUCCAGAACAGCCACUCGCUGUGCGACACCAUCUCGCCCGCCUCCGACCUGGAGCCCGAGAUCCUGAGCGAGGCGCUGGACGAGGAGCCGGGCCCGCGGGACUCGCCGGCGGCGCUGGCGGACGCGGUGCCGGCGGCGCGGUGCCAGCGCGGCGCCAUCGAGCUGGUGGACAUGGAGACGCUUCGCAGCUCCCUGGCCGAGGCCGAGCACGCGGCCGCGGAGCCGCCGCCGGAGCCGCCGGCCGAGGAGCCGGGGCCCUUCCUGUUCCUCAGCAACCCCACCAACGACACCAUCGCGCCCGUGUGCCCCGGCCGCCCCGUCGCCCUCGGCCGCCUGGACGCCUCCGAGGUCCUGGCCACCCUGGGCUGCCGCCCGGCGUCGCUCCCGCGGGCGUCCCCCGGCACCGAGCCCGCUGUGCCCGGCGGGGAUCGCCGCCCCGCCAGCCCCCGGCGCUGGGCCCUCGACGGGGACCUGGACUCGGGCGUGCUGGAGGCCGACGCCAUGAUCGACGACGUCCGGUUAGCGCCCGACGCCGACCCCGCUGCGCUGGACGUGUCCACGGCCAAGACCAACCGCGGCUUCGCCAUGGCCUUGGAGGAGGCCGAGCCGCCCUUGGUGACCCCGCGCCGGGGCAGCCCGGCCGGGGAGGUGCCGGUGCCGCCGGAGCCGCCGGCGCUGGACGAGUCGCUGGCCUACGACUCGGUCAAGUACACGCUGGUGGUGGACGAGCACACGCAGCUGGAGCUGGUCAGCCUGCGGCGCUGCACGUCCGUGCUCAGCGACGACAGCGACAUCCUGAGGGCCUGCGACGAUGAGGUGGCCUUUGGGGACGGGCUGGUGGCCCCCGACGCGCGCAGCUCCUCCGAGGACUCGUCCCCCGAGGCCGACCUGCAGUUCUCCAAGAAGUUCCUCAACGUCUUCGUCAACAGCACCUCGCGCUCCUCCAGCACAGAGUCCUUCGGGCUGUUCUCCUGCAUGGUGAACGGGGAGGAGCGGGAGCAGACCCACCGCGCCGUCUUCAGGUUCAUCCCGCGCCACGAGGACGAGCUGGAGCUGGACGUGGACGACCCCAUCCUGGUGGAGCUGGAGGAGGACGAUUACUGGUACCGGGGCUACAACAUGCGGACGGGCGAGCGCGGCAUCUUCCCCGCCUUCUACGCCCACGAGGUGGUGGGGCAGGCCCGCGACGCCGUGGGCCUGAAGAGGAACCCGUGCUGGCUGGAGCGGUUCAACGUGCAGUUCCUGGGCUCCGUGGAGGUGCCCUACCACCAGGGCAACGGCAUCCUCUGCGCCGCCAUGCAGAAGAUCGCCACCACCAGGAAGCUGACGGUGCACCUGCGGCCCCCGGCCAGCUGUGACCUGGAGGUGACACUGCAGGGCAUCAAACUCAUCCUCACCGUCACCGAGUACAGCCCCGAGCGCGAGUUCGAGCGCUGCAGCCACUUCUUCCAGAUGAAGAACAUCUCCUUCUGUGGGUGCCACCCCCGGAACAGCUGCUAUUUCGGGUUCAUCACCAAGCACCCGGUGCUGAGCCGCUUCGCCUGCCACGUGUUCGUGUCGCAGGAGUCCAUGAGACACGUGGCCGAGUGUGUCGGCCGAGCGUUUCAGGAAUAUUACCAGGAGCACCUGGAGUACGCCUGCCCCACAGAGGACAUCUACCUGGAGUAGGGUCCCUGCCACCCCCGGCACUCGGGGGCACCCCAGGGACGCCGUGUGACCCCAGGGACGUGGUGUCACCCCCGGGGACUCCGUGUCACCCUCGGGACUUGGUGUCACCCCCGGGGACUCGGGGUCACCCAGCCAGGGACUCUGUGUCACCCCCAGGGAUUCUGGCACCCUUAGGGGCUCUGUGGGACCCCAGGGACUCGGGGUCACCCCAGAGACAAGGUGUCACCCGUGGGGACCCUGUGUGACCCCAGAGACUCUCUGUGUGACCCCCAGGGACUCCGUGUCACCCCCGGGGACUCCGUGUCACCCCAGGCACUCUGUGUCACCCCCGGGGUGGGGGGGGG